AUGGUGGCCUUGUUUGACGACGGCCGGCACCGGUGGCGGAUGGAUGCCUACUUGUCCUCGCCGCUGCGCCGCGCCCAUGGCCGCGCCGUCGACUCCAUCGGCCGCAGCUGCGGAGGCACCUUUGCUUCGGUGCGCUUCGCCGCCAGACGCGUCGGCCUCGCUCUCGCCGCUCGUUCGGCCAACCGUCGCUUCGCCCUCGCCGUCGCCGGCGUCGCUCUCCUCAGCGCCAAGUCCGUUCACCUGUACGCUCACGCCAACGCCAUUCCCCUCGCCGAUAUCCUGCGCUACGGGCCCUCCUUCGUUGCUCAAGAUGCCGCCGUCCUCAUCUUCCUCCGUCUCCUGCUUGACAGCCAGCUCUUCGCCGGCGUGCGAUGGCUAGGAAUCUUACUGACUACCUUGGCCACCCUCGUCGCCCUCGUCGUCCUCUUCCUCGCCGCCGUGAGCAUCUCCUUCUUCGUCGUCGCUGGCUCCGAGCUUCACUGGCGGAACAUUGGCGUCGCCGGCUCCUCGUCCAACUGGACCAUGCUCCUCACGGGCCUCUUCUCCUGCUCCGUCACCGCCGCCGGCAUCCUGCUCCUCGCCUGGACCCUCCAGGACGUCUGCUACCACGUCGCCAGCAUCGCCCUCGACAUCCUCAAGUCGCCAUUUUCCCUCGUCCUCCGCAGGCUUCCCUUCCACGGCGGCGCCAAGUACGAGCACGUCCCGCAGCACGAAGUCGACGCCGAGGCCGAGGCCGAGGCCGAGCCCAAGCCGGCCGACGACGACACGGCCGACCAGCCUUCGCCCCUGACGGGCCGCUGCAUCCCCCUCUACGUCGUCGUCGGCCUCGGCAUGCUCGUCCAGCUCGUCACCACCCUCGGCCGGCCCGACGAGAGCUCCCUGCGCUUCAUGUCCUGGACCCUGCCGCUGCUGCCCUUUGUCGACUUUGCCCGCUCCUCCCCGAUGCUCGCGAACCUGCUGCCCCUGCACGGCACCGGCAUCGACCGCAGCUGGGAUGUGCGGACCGCCCUCGCCGACCCGAUACCGCUGACCUGGCUCCCCUGGGAGAAGCCGACGCCGGGCUUUCUCGACUGGCACGAGAACAAGAAGCAUUACCGCGCGUCGGAGGACCCCCUCAAGAUAUCCAACCUCGACGACGGCCUGCUGCCGGCCCUCGAGGGCAAGCUCGCCGACGUCAAGAUCCGCCACGUGAUGCUCAUCAAGCUCGAGAGCACCCGCAAGGACGUCUUUCCCUUCAAGAAGGGCGGCAUCAUCUGGGACAAGCUCUCGGGCUCGUUCAAGAACCACUCGCUACCCGACCGGGCGGCGCGGCGGCUCGCGACCCUCACGCCCAACGCCAACUUCCUCACGGGCGACUACGACGACGGCUUCGAGCACGGCGAGACCAAGCGACGCGGCGGCAUCAACUUUGGCAACGCGCACACGACGAGCACCUACACGCUCAAGAGCCUCGCCGGCACCCUCUGCGGCGUGACGCCGCUCGUCGCCGACUUUAACGUAGAGCAGGCCCACCACGUCUACCAGCCCUGCCUGCCGCACAUCUUUGACGCGUUGAACAACGUGCGCCUCGGCGGCGACGGCGGCUCGGGCGCCCACGAGGCCAACUUCACCUCGUUCAAGUGGCGCUCCCGGUUCGUGCAGUCCGUCACCGACACGUACGACAAGCAGGAUGCCGAGAUGCCCGUCCUCGGCUAUCUCAAGGAGAACGUGGUGACCAAGGAGUACCUCAAGAGCGACGCGGCCAAGUUUGGCAAGGUCGACGCGGCCGACAUCAACUACUACGGCAUGCCCGAGGUGGUGGUCGAGGACUACAUCCGCGACGCCUUCGCCUCGGCCAAGAACAACUCGGAGCGCGUCUUCCUGACGCACCUGACGAGCACGACGCACCACCCCUUUGGCAUGCCCGAGGACGAAGAGUACGUGCCGCUGGCGGACGACAACAAGUACAACGACCUGUCGCGCUACGUCAACGCCGUCGGCUACGUCGACCGCUGGCUCGGCCGCAUCCUCAAGCUGCUGGAGGACGAGGGCGUCGCCGACGAGACGCUGCUCGUCCUCGUCGGCGACCACGGCCUCUCGGUGCCGGAGAACGACGGCAUCACGCCCUACUACAACGCCAACGUGGGAAACUUCCACGUGCCCCUCGUCGUGUCGCACCCCAAGCUGCCGCCGAUGAAGAUCGACGACGCCGUCAACUCGAUCGAGAUCCUGCCGACCAUCCUCGACAUGCUCGUCGAGACGGGCUCGCUCGCGCCGGCGGAGCGGGCGGCGGCGCGCGACCUCGUGCGCAACUACGAGGGCCAGUCCCUGAUCCGGCCGCUGCGCAAGUCGUCGGAGGCGACGGGCCAGGGGGCCUGGCAGUUCACCGUCAUGAAUCCCGGCCGGGCCACACUCUCGGUGCGGGACGCCCGCCGUCCCGGCUGGCGCAUCAUCGUGCCCAUCGUCGAGAACAACGAGUGGCGCUUCACCGACCUCGCCGCCGACCCGCACGAGGAGCACGCGAUCCUGUCCUUUGGCUUCUUCGCCUUCCUGCGGGCGGUGGAGGAGAAGCACGGCAUCGAGGCCUCGAAGUGGGCCGAGGAGGCGGCCUUUGUGACUCGCUGGUGGGUGGACGAGAACGCUCGGCGGUGGCGGUACAACCAAAGAAACUAA